UCUAUUUUUCCAGAUUAAAAUGAGCACAGAAUGGCAGACGGACGUGUUCAGAAGCAGCUUGGUUCGGAAGCUGGAGGAAGCUAUAAGAGAAUCUGGUUUACAAAAUCAGAAAAGUGCUGUAGAAAUGGAAAAUCAGGUUUUCCAGAGAUCUAAGAACAAGGAAGAUUAUUUAAGCUUUGUUGCUAAACUGAUCCUGCAUGUUAAACAGCAGGCGCGCAAUAAUGCUGAAAAAUCUCAGGGAAUGGGAAUGGUUGGAGGAUUGUCUCAUCAGACCAGGAUGAUAAACCCAAACAUGCAGCAGCAAAUUCAGCAGAACAGGGGACAGAUUCAGGGUAUGCAACCUACACAGCAGCAGCAGCAGCUUAUCAUGCAGCAGCAACAACAGCAACAGCAACAACAGCAGCAGCAGCAGCAACAGCAGCAGCAACAACAACAACAGCAACAGCAAAUGCAGAUGCAAAUAAGAGCCCGACUACAACAACAGCAGUUACAGCAGCAACAGCAGCAGCAACAACAGUUACAGCAACAACAACUUCAACAGCAACAACUUCAACAGCAACAACUUCAACAGCAACAACAGCAGCAGCAGACCGGUGGCCAACGUGUUUCUCAGCUUCAGCAAGCGCUGCAGCAGAGACCCCAGGCAAACCUGGGUAUGUCUGGCUUCUCGAUGCGUCCAGGCUCUGUAAUGCAAGGAACUGUAACUAGUAGUGCUCAGGGUCCCUCUCCCAUACCAUACGCACAAUCUCCCCAGGGUCAGAUUGGGAAUCCGUCUCCGGGUGGACCUGUUCCAUCUCCUGGAGGAGCAGGCUCACAGAACCGUUCCAAUAGUCUAGCUCCCUCACCUAGUAGUCAAGUAAAUACACCUCUAAACCCCGCCAGUCAGGAGGAUAAAGAAUAUCUGGAGAAAGUAAAGUCCUUGGAGAAGUAUAUAGAGCCACUGAGGAAAAUGAUUCUAAGAAUUGGAAACGAGGAUAAUGAGAAGUUGUUAAAGAUGAAGAAAUUGCUGGAUAUUAUGUCGAACCCUGAUAAACGAAUGCCCCUUCAAACCCUGCAGAAGUGUGAAGGGGUAUUGAAAAGAAUGCAGCUGGACACGACAGAAUCAGAUCAGGCGGACUCAGGGCUAGGUUCAGGAGCAGAUAAGAAUCCGCUUAUUGAGUCUAUUUUAAAAAUGAAAAAGAGUGGGAAGGAUUGGGACUUAAACAACAGUUUAUCCAAUGCAUUCCUACCACCUAUUCAUGCUGUGAUGGGACCAAGAAUAUCUCUACCUCCUCUUCCUAGAACCCCACCUGGAGAGGAGAACGAAGAUCAAAUACCAGAUAUACUGCAGGGAGAAAUUGCCAGGUUGGAUCCUAGAUUUAAAGUCUGGCUGGAUGAAUCUCAACCUUACGGAAACCCAUCAAGUGUUGAAAUUGUUUGUCAAUUGGAUGACAGAGAUCUACCAGCACUUCCAAACCUAUACGUGAGAAUACCCAAGAAUUAUCCUGAUACUCCACCUGAGACUAAUCUAGGAGAUCCAGACUAUCUUACUACUCCCUUCCUACGUGAGGUGUUUAGCGCCCUGAGCUCCAGGUUAGAUAAGAUGCCUGUACAGUAUACUCUAUCCCAGGUUCUAACUGCCUGGGAACUCUCCGUGAGAUCUGCAUGUUCUCCUUCUCCUGUUAAAUAUAAUUCCCGUCCUGCUGUUGGAAUCCUAAACUAGAAAUCUGUAUGUAUGUAUAGUGGUGACUCAAAAAAUAUAUUAAGAUAGUUUU